AUGGUGAAGGCCAGAGGGCUAUUCGAUGGGGCACCAGAACGGGAUGCUGUGUCUUGGAAGAAGACUAUUACUCGGCUAUGUGCAACAUGUGCUUCGUCCACAAGCAUUGGAGACAGCAGACACAUUGUUUCGUCUCAGAGACAUCCUCGAGAGCUGACAGCUGUCGACUUGGGCAGGUUGCACUGCUGUGUACUGAAGCAGUUCUCGACACCCACGUCUUUGUAAGCAAGUGUUAUCCGCAUAUAUGAACCGUUCGAGGAUAUGGACACUGCUCGCCGGGUAUUUGAAGAAAUAUCCAACAUAGAUUUAGUGUCAUGGAACAUUCUGAUCGUUGGCUAUAUGAACUGUAGCCAAUACAAAGAGGCUUUGAGAAUGUUCCUGAUGAUGAAGAGAAGUGGUUUCAGCUCAGACGAGCAUGCUCGGAGAAUGGAUUUUGGCAGAUGGAUUCAAUCAAAGUAUCAUUGGUUCCAUUCUCAACAGACUUGGAAUUGAGCAAUAUGCACGCCAAGUGGCAAGGGUAGGACUAUUGACAGAGCUCUUCAAUUGUUCGAGGACAUGAAAGAGAGGAAUAUAGUUUCAUGGAACUUGAUGAUACUAGCACUUGCAAUGCAUGGGCAUGCAGAUGCAGCGUUAAGGUUCUUCAAUAGGAUGAGAGAGAGCCAGGUCAAAGGGCCAAAUGACAUUACUUUCCUGGAAGUGCUCCGUGCCUGUAGCCAUGGAGGUCUGGUCGAAGGACAAAAGUACUUCGAUAUCAGGAUGAGGAGGGACUACGGCAUCAUACCCUCCAUAAAGCACCAUGGAUGCAUGGUUGUUCUUAGGCGAGCAGGGCUUGCAAAGGAGGCUUAUGAACUGAUAGGGAACAUGCCGAUGAAAGGCAAUGCAGUAGCGUGGGGCACAUUGUCAGGGGCAUGCCGGAUUCAUGGGGACCUUGAAUUGGGUGAACGGGUUCGAAAGCAUCUCGUGGAGUUGGAACCUGAUCAUAGCAGUAAUUGUGUUCUCCGGUCACACAUGUAUGCAGGUGAUGGCCAAUGGAAUGAUGUGUUGAAGGUCAGAAAAUCAAUGAAGGAAAGGGUCGUUCAGAAGCCAGAACCUGCUCAACAUACUUCCUAGUAUGAUAAAUCAACAGAUAUGUAGCAAGAGAUGCAUUAUUUCUGAAAUCUCCUUUCUUUUAUAGCAUUGUAUGGUCCCUUUUACAAUAGAUCGGUAGCAUUACUGUAUUUAUUUAAACAUAAAUAGAAGUAUUUCAAGAUGGCUUCAUUAGUUUUUGAGAAUUCA